CAACGACCCACUGAUGGAUGGAUCGCUGACGUGUGGAACAGCUCAUCGCAUCCAGCGGUCCACAGAGGAGGGCAUGAGCUCUGCGCGGCACUCAUCAGAUAUGAAUUAAGGAAACAUGAAUCCUUUGCCCAGUCAGAUAGGAAGAUGCCUCGGACACACUGUGUGGAUCCGCCAUUUACGUGACCUGUCAGGCGCUACAACGAGCAUCUCUCCUCCGGUCCACAUCUGGAGCGGCGAGUCAGCUCAAAAGAACUGCCGUCUCACCUAAAUAAUCGUCUGUCUCCUGCCGGAUUUGACACCUCACAGCUUUGUCUGGUGUUUCCUGUGCCACUGAUUGAAUUCCUCUCAUGACUUGGGCAGCUCGGCGUUGAAAAGGGGAGGGAGAAAACGAGCAACGAACGCAGGAUGCCCAAUAUCCGUUUGUUGUUGAUGCAGCCUUUUAGCGUGUCAGUAAUUACAUGCGACUAUGAAGAAACGGGGGAUCACCGUGAAAAUCUAAUGGAGUAACAAUGGAAGCACCUUUACUGGGUUGACAUAAUGGAUAGAAGAUAGACAAAAACAAGUCCCGGAGGUAACAACAUGGUCAUCACUGACAGGAGCAACAGCACCUCUGUGCCUAAAAAGGAGCCCAAGAAGAAGAAGAAGUCUCGUCCUCAUGGCCUUCCCUCUCCGGCGCUCUGCUGUGCCUGUGGACUAUGCAUCAUGUUGGCAGGACUCAACAUCACCCUGGUGGGAGCAUUCGCCUUCAGCACACUGGUGCCUUCUGCCAACCCUCCCAUCAUAAUUGGGCCCGUCCUGCUGCUGGUGGCCUUCUCCUUCUUUGGCGCCUGCUGCGUGUGCAGCCGCCUCCCUCCCCCGAGCAGCUCUCGAGGCUCUAAGGUGGGCGGCAGAGGGGCGGGAUUGAUGGGACACGGCGGGCUGGCCGGUGGUGCGGCGUUCGAAAUAGAGACCAGCGAGCACACACUGCAGGACACCACAGCUGUGCAGCUGAGCCCCACGUCCUCUGUUGGAUCAUCCAGGGCCUCCAGCCCGGAACGAGAGGCCCCUGGUGUGACCCCACAGGGACCUUGCAAGCUCUUCACCAUGGAGACCAAUGGCCCUUCCUGCACUUCUGCCACGGCAACGUACUCAGCUUCUGCAGCAGCGGGCGGGGAGGUGAGGCUCAAUCUGCCACGAGAAGAAGUGGUCACCUAGCAAAAGCAGAAACACCUUCAUAAAAUCCAGAGCUCUAGUCGUGUGUACAUACGCUUCUGAGUUUGGUUGCUGGGACCGACUGUGUCCUCUUGUUCACGUAAUGCCAUAUAAAUUUGUGAAGAGUGUGGUUUUGAUUUCUCUGUCUGUGCGACACGUCGUUAGCAUGCAAUGUUGAACACACGUCGGCGUACUUGUGAAUUGAAGCUUUUGGAAUUCCGAAUUCCUACCUCUUUUGUGCUGUUCCCUUAUAAAUUUGUUUAAAUCCAGGGCAUUAUGAACAAUUUCAAUGCAGAAAUGAAGCAGGAGACUUUUUUUUUUUCUCCGCACCUGUAGUCACCGCUGACCUCGACUGUCUGCGGAGAUUUCAGAGUGUUUGAGAGAAAACUUGGAUCACAUUUUUAAUCUGGAAUUACAUGUGAAAGGGCAGAAUCUGGCAUUUGCUGAAUUGCUGAACUUAUUUUAGGAGCAUACGAUUUUAUAGGCCAAAGGGGUCCCAAAGCAACAUUCUCCGAACAGAGACUAAUUUCUAGUCACAAGACCUUUAGCAAGUAUAUUUGCAGUACAUUAACUCAGUGCUAAACGGUGCAUAUUGUCAAAUCUUUGGAAGCAUAAUUCUUGUAGCUUUUGUCAUCACAACAGCUAACACUGUGAGUGCCGUGUUUCUUUUCAUUAUCCAGACCUUGUGAUAACGUUUAUCUGUUGUUAAAUUUAUCGUGGGGCUCGAUUUACACUUGCUUGAACCCAUGACGUUCACCUCACCGUUAUGUACUAUUUACGACGUUGCAAAACCAGGUUUAUUGGAGUAUAACAUCUGAGAUUACAUCUGCUCCCAAUCACUGUGAUGUCUUCUUAUCAGCCAUAAGUCUGUGUGAUCACAGGAGACGUUAAACCCCUGAUUUCCUUUGAAAGGAAAGUUGCCUUAGACGAAAAUUUCAGGAUCAGUUCAAUGAGGGCUAAUCGAAAUGUGCAAACUGCAGUUUCCCAAGAAAACCUCUAUGUUGCUCUGGACUCAGAAUUUUUUUUUUUUUUUUGUGGUGCAUGCCAACGGCCUAAAUGUUUCCUUUAAGAUGUGUAUUUGGAGUAGCGACAGUGUACACGCAAUCAAAGCCAACUAGAUCAUAAACGACUGUAACAUUGUCUCUCAAAAUGACUUGUUCCCCCCCCUUGAUAAAGAUCAGUUUCAUACCAAGUUAGAGCGCUGAACUUGUGUUUUUUUGUGUGCAUGCUCUGGAAAAACAAAAGACUUGAAGAUGCAAAUAUUCUCGUGAAUUGUCAGUGUUUUGUCUGUGGUUUUAUUUCGCGUAUCAUAAGAACCUGCUGAAAAAAAAAACUGUAAAGGACGAAACUAUUUUUGUGAAGUUUAUAAUUUAAAAUAACUAUUCCAAAUGUGAAU